GUUCCAUUGGUACAGUGAAAAGUGAAUUUGGUGUAAAUUUGCCGAUAAGACCCGUAGUUUUUGUGGAUUUUAUUGUGUCAGAAUUUAUUUUGUAUCAGUUUAAUUUUGUGGACUGACUCGUUUGGUCUAUUAUUAGUGUUUAUAAUGUCUGUGCGAUUAUUUAUAUCGUUGGUUUUCAUAACGAAAAUUUUAGCAGCCGAUACCUCAUCUCAAACAUUGUUACCGUCACCAGACCACAUAGUUUACAACGUCCAUAUACCACGAAAACUAGUAAAUGAACCGAUAGACGAACCUCCAGGUGGUGCAGCAAUACCUCCUAAUUUGACUGGCAUCAAGAAAAAAAUACAAAAUGAUACAAAUGAAAUCAAUAAAGAAAAAGAGGAUAUGGAAGCCCAAAAUUCUGAAGCUGUCAUAUCUUACCCGCCUUAUGGAUCAUACCAAGUAACAGAAAACGUUAUAGACAUACCAGAUAAUAGAACUAAAGCAGGGCCUAUAGACCCUUACUACACGAUCAAACCUGAACUAAAUCUAGCUAAUGCAACAGACACAAUUAGUGUCACAGAAGCGAAUAAUAAUAAAGGUAAAAACAAAAAGAAUUGUGUUAGCAUACACAUCGAUGCUGAGUUCGAAAGAGAAGAAAUAAAAGAAAACAAAGUUGUUGGGUUCCUAAAAGGUGUAAAGGCAUGUUUUCAAAGCUUCCAAAAAAGAAUUAUUGAUGGUUUUUAUAGGUUCUUUCAUAAAAAUGAAGAUGUCCUUGGGGAUAAAGUAAAAUAUUAAACGAUU